GGUCGCUCUCUGGCUGUUUGAUAUCCUUGCUUGUCGUCCUUCGUCCCGCUUUUGCUCGAUCUAUCGUGUUCUCGCGUUUCUCGAAUCUCUCGGCGGGACAUGUUCUAAUCGCUUGGACAUUUUGAUAUCGUGACAUUCAGGGAAUCGCAAGUUGCUCUCGCGCGCCUUCACCAUGCCCAACGCCAUCAGCAUCGCUCCGUCACAGGAGUUUGAAGGCAACGAUGGCAACUGGUCAACAUUCAGCAUCGUGGUCGGUACGGGACCGAAACAACAGCGCAUCCUUCCAGCGACAUCAUCCGAAUAUGUCGCACUCGUGUCACCGCUCGGCUGUGUCAAUACCUUCAACGCUGGCCCAAGUACCGCUUGUGAGUUUUCACGAGGCGGUACACCCUCUCUUUUCAACACCUCCAACAGUCUUACCUGGACCAAGUUGACGGCUGCCGAUGGCUCAAAGAAUUUCUACCUACCUUUCGACUCUGAGCAAAAACUUGGUAACGCAGGACCAGGGCAGGUCCCCGCUUCAGUCGGACUUGACACUGUCGCGUUCGAUCUGCUUCCCUCGUCAAGAACUCCAAACCUCACAUCACAGGUCGUUGCAGUUUACAAUGCUGUUAAUCCAUGGAUAGGCAUGCUGGGUGUGCGCGGCAUUCCGAAUCAUCUUCCGCUUGCCGACUCCACCAGCCAGACGAGUGUUUUGCAAGCCUUGAAGGCUGCAGGCACGGUACCAAGUGUGUACUUUGGCUACACCGCAGGGAAGUAUUACAAGAGUCCCCAAGUUUUUGGAAGUCUCACGCUCGGAGGCUAUGACGGGAGCCGUGUCGAUAUGUCGACGGCACUGUCUGUUCCAAUCUCGGGGUCGACCACAUCCGACCUCAGCGUCUACAUCAAGAGCAUUACCCUCAGCGCGUCGGGCAACAGGAACAAUAUCCCCGUUGGCCAAUUUGCAUUGAUCGAUUCGGUAGUACCGGAGAUUUGGCUCCCGGACACCAUCUGCGACCAAGUUGAGUUGGCGCUGGGUUUGGUCUACGACAAAGCGACGCAAUUGUAUCUCGUCAAUGACACUUUACGCACAAAUCUCCAGAAUGCCGCCCCGAGCUUCACCUUCAAUCUUGCAGCCUCGGGAAACUCGUCAAACAGUAUCCCCAUCACGUUGCCAUAUGGAGCUUUCGAUCAAACUGCAAGGUUUCCGUUUGCGGGAGUCAAUCCGUCAAAUCCGACGAGACAGCAGCGUUAUUUCCCUCUGCGACGCUCCAAUACUACAACAGGCUUCUUCCUCGGCCGGACCUUCCUACAAGAAGCGUAAGUCUAUGGCCAUGCUUAUCUAGCCACCAUGAUUUGCGCGCUAACGUUCU